UAACGUGAUGUGGUUACAGUGUCAAUGAAAGAAGAUAAACAGCUGUUGGGGUUUUCUUUCUUGGACGAGAUCAUCGUCUCUUAUCAUGUUGGCUAAAUUCUUACCAAACAUGUGAAGGCAAGAGUUAAAGGAGGGAGGAGAGAGAGGAAAAGAAGUGUCAGUUUGUCAGGUUUGGUGUAUCAUGGACAGGUGGGUAUAAUAAAAAAAAAAAUUAAUUACAUACUAAUAUUAAUUGGGAGAGAGAGAUGAACAUGUGGAUGAAAAUAAGAGAAGUGAAGCUUGGAUUGAUUCACACAGUGACCAGGGCCAAUAGGAAGAACCCUCCCAGUCUUGAGGAGGGAAGAGGAGGUGGUAGGGAUUCAAACUAAGGCAGGGUUUACAGUGAGUCAAAAACUCUCAAAGACAGACUAGAGGCACCACUGCACUGUGAUGUGGGCUUACUCUGACUUGAACCUGGAGCUUCUCUUUUGAACAAGAACACAAGACGACCGAAAACAGACAGAGGGAGACGGAGAAGGAAAACAAAAGAUACCAAUUUUCCACAAAGAUGGUAAACUGACGUGGUGUCUGAGACUCUUGAAUCUUUAGUAGAGAGGGGAAAAGAGGAGCAAGGACAAGCCUGAGGAUACUACAGAUUAUGUUGCCAUGGAAACCCAAACUUGGAGCCGGGCACAAGGAGCAGUGAAGGUGGACAACCAUCCCUGAUUUCGACAUUGACACACUGCUGUGGUGAGAGAAUGCUGUGGAGAAUAACUAUCCCAGUCAUACUGGCUGGGGUGCUCUGCAUCACCGCAGAGACCAAGAAGCCCCGGCCGCAGGGAUCCAUCCCAUCGCCGUACAAAACUAAAGGGAACCUGUCCUCGGAGCGCCACCACCGGUUACUGCAGCAGAAACCUGAGGUGCUGUCCUCCAGCAGAGAGGCCUUGGUGGUGACGGAGCGCCGCUACCUCCGCAGAGACUGGUGCAAGACCCAACCGCUCCGUCAGACAAUCAGUGAGGAGGGCUGCCGGAGCCGCACUGUGGUCAACCGCUUUUGCUACGGCCAGUGCAACUCCUUCUAUAUCCCCCGCCACAUGGGCCCCAGCUCCGGCCACGGCCAGAAUCGAGGCCAGGCCUCGGGUUCUGGCAGGAAAAAGCACAACAAGGCCCAGGAGCCGUUCCAGUCCUGCUCCUUCUGCAAGCCGCACCGCAUCACACAGCUCACAGUGCAGCUGGACUGUCCGGACCUGCAGCCCCCCUUCAGACACCGCAAGGUGCAGAGGGUCAAACAGUGCCGCUGCAUGUCUGUGGACGUGAGCAGUCAUGGGAAACUGUGAAGGACAAUUUCAAAGGACAUCUGAAUAUUGUCAAAGGCAGAUACCGACAAACUUUGCCAAACAAACACUGGCUUCAAGUCGAGCGACUCUGCAUCAUGUUUGACAAAUAACGGCCUGUUCCGCCAUAAAAUGACGUAAAACAUGGAACUGGUGCUGCUAAAAGCGAAACGUUGAUUUAAUCAGAGACUGUUGGUGAGAGAAACUUGAUUCAUAUGAUCUGUGCAAGAGACACUAAUGAAGAAGCGGUGACUUUCGUUGCUUUUGGUUUUUUUCCCCACAAAGCUCAUAUCUAACAGUUCUUUGUACAUUUUCUAAUAGAUUUCUUUGUGUAAAAGGCAUGUUCACCGUCUGAUUGACCCAGCAAAUCAUACAAGUCAUAAGUAUCAGUCGUAUGGAGACCAAAUAGGUUAUAUCUAACUUCCAUUUGUACAUGUGCUAAUAGAUUUCUUUGUGAAAAGUGUCUCUGUGUUUCCUCAAAAACAUCGAAGACGAGAAAAGUGAGUUAGAAUAAGUUGUACCCUGUGAACCCUACGCGACAUGUUUGUCGUGCAACAGUUUGAAAGCCCCAUUUUUAUUAAUUGACUGUUUGGGAAGUAUUUUAUCUGCUAUCCUGUUUUCUUUUCACGUCGACGUCAAGAACGGGAUUUGGAGAAACGUAAAGCAGCAGAGCCGUGACCUGCAGCGGCACCUGUGUACACGUUUGCUAGAUAUAUGAGGCAGUAAGGAAGAGCUACUGCAGCAUGUGUAAUGGGGGUGCAAUGCUAUACAGUGUGUAUAUUAUCUUUGUGUGUAUGUGUGUAUGCGUAUGAAAAAUAUAUUAAAUCUAUUUCAUAUAAAAUCA